AUGGGAAAUUUAACCGAGGAUGAAGCAGAACUGAGCCAUCAAGUCGCCAAAGCACGAAUGCAGGCAACGGCACACCCUUGCGACUGCGAAGUUCCUCGCCAACUUGCUCCGAUGCCAGUUUUGAUGAUGAACGAUCUGCCAGCGUACACGCCGAAAGACGGCUUAUCUUCAAAAGCAAAGGACCUACGCAUAUUUGCCCGUAACCAAAUGGCUGCGGCCUUCCAGCAAGAGGAGCUUAAGCAGAGUUAUCUGCGGGAGGAGCUCCGCGUGGCGCAAGACAACAAGGACAACGCCACUCAAUAUUUAAACCGACAGGUCAAUGAGCGAAAUAAACUGGCAGGCGAUGGCUACAAGACCAUUGGUUUCGAUAAACCAACAAUCCCAAUUUCUACUACAAAAGAAGGCCUUGAAGAAACUUUCAAACAAAAACAAUUCCAUGAGCCUGUUUCGAAAACCACGGGAAUGGUCGACAGAACCGGCUACCGUCUUAUGGCAAAAAACUACCUGCCCGAGGGAGGCGACCGCGCCAAAACCACUCUCGACCACAAAUGCAUUCGUUGGCAGGAAGUGCAAGCCCGUCAGCAUAAACUCAAGACGCAGCGCUACGAAACAACCAAUAAGGCGGACUACACUGUUCCUCAUCCAGAAAAAAUGGAAGGUGACCGUAGAAUCUCUUCUCCCAAGAUGCCUUCCAUCGAUACGUACGGCAGAAAGUUGACUGACCGGGUCGCCUGUGACGCUCACCGACGCAAAGGUUCCUUCAAAUGGUUAGAUACGUACGAGCCAAAAUGA